AUGUCGAACAACGAACAAACAAUUCAAUUUCCAGUUGCUCUUAAACCAUUAUUAACCGAUUUUGUUGUUAAUGUUUUACGUGAUCGAAUACCAUCCGAUCAAUUAUCUUCAUAUGCUGUACAAUAUUUUUCUGAAAGACAAAAUACACAACCAUAUGUAUCAAUAAUUGAUGAUAAUAGAGAACAAACAGGUAUAUUUUUAACUAAUCAAAUAAAUGGUUUAGUAUCUGAAAAAAGUGAUGAUAGUAUUAAUAAUGAAAAACAACGACGAAAAUCUGUUUGGGGUGGUUCACCGGAUCCCGAUCGAGAUUUAACUGAUAAAAUCGUUAUGAAAAAUCCUGAUAUAUUUGAAAAAUUAUGUAAAAUUGUACAAGAUACAGUAAUUUAUGUUGGUGAUGAUCCAUCACUUGUUAAACAAUUUGUUAAAUAUCUUGCACCAAAAAAUGUUUUUAAAGGAGAAGAAAUUAUUCGACAAGGAGAUGAAGGUGAUUAUUUUUAUUGUAUUGAAUCAGGCAAAUAUGAUGUUGUUGUUAAUGGAAAAAAAGUAUCAGAACUUGAUAAUAAAGGAUGUUUUGGUGAAAUUGCUUUACUUUACAGUCAACCACGUACAGCUACAAUCAUAGCUACAACCGAUGGAAAAUUAUGGUUAAUUGAUCGAGAUACAUUUUCAACAUUAACUGUUUCAUUUGCUAUAAAACAACGUGAAAAAUAUUUAAAAUUUCUUCAUACAGUUAAUUUUAUUCAAACAUUUUAUUCUCGUGGUUGGUUAAGUGAUAAUCGUUUAGAAGAUUUAGCUGAUGCACUUCGACCACGUUAUUAUACAACAAAUCAAAUUGUUAUAGAACAAAAUGAUACAAAUGCAUAUGAAAUGUUUUUUAUUGAAGAUGGUUCAGUUAAAGUAACACGAAAAGAAAAAGAUGGAACAAUACAUGAACUUAAAAUACUUGGAACAGGAAAAUGUUUUGGUGAAUUAGCAUUACUUGAAAAUAAACCACGUUAUGCAACAGUUACAGCACUUGAAGAAUGUCGUUUAGCAACAUUAGAUGCUAAAUCAUUUGAAAAUUUACUUGGAAUUGAAUUAAAAACUAAACUUAAAGAAUUUGUUGAUAAAGAAUAUGCAAUAGGAACAUUAGAUGAUACAAUUCAAAUACAGAAAUAA